AGUGCUCUGGGACACUUUAUAGUCCUGAGAGUUGAAGAGUGGACGACCCACAGCUGUCCUUCCAGACAACAGGAGACACAGAAAUCGUCCUCAUCACCAACAUGACUUUGAAUUUCAUCCUCAUCUCAACUCUGCUCUGCUGCUGCUGCUGCUUCACAGAGUCCAGUCAGGUCACAGUGACUCAGCCUGCAGCAGUGACAUCUGCUCUAGGACAAUCUGUCACCAUCACAUGUAGAACCAGUCAGAAUGUUUAUGUCUCUGGCAGUACUCACAUUUUAUCCUGGUAUCAACAGAAAGAUGGAGAAAAACCUAAACUCCUUAUUUACUAUGCUUCCACUCGAGCAUCAGGAAUUCCAGAUCGUUUUACAGGCAGUGGAUCAAACUCUGACUUUUCUCUGACCAUCAGUGGAGUCCAGGCUGAAGAUGCUGCAGUUUACUACUGUAUGAGUUUUCACGUCAUCAACAGUCAAUAUGUGUUCACUUUUGGUGGAGGCACCAGAUCCUCCAGCUUCAGGUAGAAAAUCCUCUGCAGG